AUGCCUGGCUACGAAGUAUCAUUCAGAAGCCCCAGUGGAACCUUCUUUGUCCAGGCCGCCGCGAAAGAGAUCCGGCUUUUGUUGAACACUCUUGGGUCUUUGUUCUCCAACUGGCCCCACGUUGUGGCCUACUGGCAUCCCCGGAAACGACUCACCAACCUCCUAGCCGUCUUCCUCGGCCUAGCCGCCACGACCGAAGCAGCCACAGCCCUCUCCAUGUGCCAGUCCAAGAACAUCUGGCUGCCUGACGCAAUCCGGUCAUUCUGCGGCCGUGACUUUACCGUUCCCUCUGAGUACGCCAGCACCGGUCUCAAGUGGGGUCCGGUGGGUUACGGGACGAUCAAGGUUACUGGUAAAUGCUCUCCCGUUCAGCCCGUCUCCAAGGACGUUUGUACGAGGCAGUUGGGCGAGGUUUGCCUCGGGGGUGGACCUAGGGGUGAAGGGACGAGGUAUUUUGGACGGAAUGGUUGUCAGGCUUGGACGAUCGAUCCAGGUAAGAAGCCAUAUGGUAUCUCGCCUUGGGUCGGGAGGAGACGCCGCGGGCAGCGAGUUGAGAGGGAUGUUGAGAAGGAGAUCUAG